AUGGAGUAUUAUUGUAACCCAUGUAAUGCGUCGAGUCUCUCGGCUAAUGGCUUCCCAGGUAGCGCAACUAAUGCUUGGCUAUUGUCGCGCUUCUACGACAUUCCUAGCAUUGCGAAUCUACUUCGUGACCAACUUUCUGCUAAUCAUCCAAUGUCCUCUACUGAUGAAUCACACUUUGAUCAUAUCCAAUGCCAUCACCACCAGGAGAUUUCCCACACCACCUCUCCUUUCUUUGACUCGCAUAACCACUUCAGUUGCCAUUGGCACUCUACUUGCUCUUCUACACCGGGAGCACUAAGAAGGGACGAGCGAUUGAUGCAUAAUCAUCAGGCUGGCUUGUCAAGUCCAAAUCAAUUGUGUCUUGGUCCGGUGCGUGUGAAACUUGUUUGCGGGGCUGAUCUGCUUGAGUCAUUUGCUACCCCAAAUCUUUGGGCUGAUGAAGAUGUAAGUUACUUUAUUUUGCUUCUGUCUUUUACUCUCUUUGCAUCCAGUGCAUAA